CCCCUAUGCGAGGAGCCCUUCUACUCUACCAUGGGCGAGUGCUUCCACUUCCUCGACGGCUACUACAGCUGGGACGAGGCGAGAGCUGCCUGCAAGAAAUUGGGAGAGGAAUCUGACCUCCCCGUGACCUUUGACCUUGCUCAGCCCAGGAAUCUCUCGACUUUUAGGAAUUUCAUGGAGGAGAGAGCCCCGGGCGUGGAGGAGCUGGCAUGGCUGGGCGCCGUCUUCCACACCCUCAAGUGGCGCUGGAUCUCGGGCAGCCUCGUCGACAGCGAAGCGUGGCCCUUGCUGAACGACGAGCGGGGAGGGUGCGCCGCCUACGUGCCAUUCGCCGGCAGUGCCAGGAGCAUUCAGUGCCACUUCAGGAUCCACGCCGUGUGCGAGCGGGUGCAGCAGUACUAUUGAAGCUCUCUCCUUCUCCAUCUCUGUCUCUCUCUAUUUCUUUCAGCGAUAGAUAGAACAGCUUGUGAUGCAGAGAAGAGAAAAAAGGAGGCGAAAGAAGAGGGCGAAAAAAAAACGAAUGAGGAAGAAGAAGCAGAACAAAAG